AUGGAGGACCCGGACCACCCCCAGCCAGCUUUCCAACUGGUAAAGAGAGUCCAUCACAACAUCUGGCUGGCGCGGCGGGUCGCCCAGAACCCCAGCUAUGCCGACGGCGAAGAGUUCGUUGCGCGCAAAGUGGACGACUUUGACGAGUACUACGAGGCCGGCAAGUACUCGAUGAGCUUCACCACCAAGAGGCAGCGCCAGGUCAAGGGCCUCAUGGACCUCCUCUACGACUGCAACCUCGGCCGCAACGUCUCCCACAUCCUCAACCACGAGAACAUCAUCUCCCUCGCCGGUUACCUCCGCCAGCAGCCCGUCCACCCGCGCGUGGACGCCACCGAGGACUACCUCGUCUGGGACAUCUGCGACGCCGGCACGCUCGAGAACCUCCUGGCGAAGCCCGACACCGAGCGCGAGCCCGGCUGCUUCCUGCCCGAGUCGCUGUGCUGGCACGUCCUCGUGUCCAUCAUGCGCGCCCUCGUCUGGCUCCACGACGGGUACCGCCAGGAGGUGAACUGGGUCACUGGCGAGCGGCGCUGGAUGAAGACGGAUGCCGAGUGGAUGCCCAUCCUGCACCGGGGGAUCAGCGCCCAGACCGUCUUUUUCCAGCACCCUCGCGGCAGGGAGACGUACGGCGUCUGCAAGCUGGGCAAGUUCGGCAGCGCGUUCGUGUCCGGCGUGCCGGCGCGGCGGGAUGGGGCGCCCAAGGGCGAGAAGCCGCUUCCGCACAGCAUCGGGUUCCCGAUUGCACCCAAGGAGGGACACAUGGCCCUGACGGACAUGACGAAGCAGUGGAAGGAGUACCUGGAUACGGGGAGGAACAGCAAACGCCUGUAUACGCUCAGCGACGAGCACUGGGCUCUUGGCGCCGUCCUCUUCCGCAUGAUGGUCGGCAACCCCCUCCCCAGCCUGGACGGGUGCAAGACGUGCAAGUGCAUCCACAUCCGGCGGUGCGCCAAAGUCGACUGCGUCUACGACGGGAAACACCUCAGCCGCGAGUGCCAGCACGACACCUUCCGCGGGUGCCGCUGUCCCACGCCCUGCAACGCUGAGGCGGACGUCCACAUCGACGAGACGCUGUGUCGCGUGGGCUACUCGUCGUACCUCACCCUCGCCGUGCGGAUGCUUCUCAACUACGACCUCGAAGCGCCGGCCGUCGGGACCCAGGCGCUGGCGGACGAGGUCGAGGUGCUGUACCGGCGGUGGCGGAACGAGACGGAGGACGGGCGGGAGUAUGUGGACGUCGAGGAUGACCUCGGGUAUCGGUUUUUGGUGUUGAACAAUGCUGCAGCUGUUGACAAGGGUGAGGCGAUGGAUGAGUGA